UGCGAGCUGUGACGUCACCGAUGAUCCACAUCUGACGGUCUCUAGGACCCCGCGAACUCCUUCCCGCUGACGGGCCAUUGCGGCGAGACCCGAGACGGCGGAGCGGAGCAGGCCGGUGCCGGGGAGGGUCAGGACGGGGAGAGACGCGGAGGGAAGACGGGCAGUGCGCGACCACCGGAGGGUUCAGGCCCGGGGCUGCAUGGCGAAACGGGGAGAAGGAGGAUUUGAUGGUCUGAAGGUGGAUCAGUUUCAUCGCCACAAAAGUCCCUCAGCAUUUUAAUGUCUUUUAUUUCAUUUGCGUUGAUUUCAAAUGCAUCGAUCAGGCCUGUAGUGUGUUUUUGUUUCAUCAUGCCUCUCGAUCUGGACUGUGACGCAGCGGCGAACAAAACGAGUCCAGAGACAGCACAGGAAGUGUGUGAGGUCACACAUGAAGAAAGAGUGACGGACACACCAACACGAAGAGUCGGACGACCCGCUCGAAAACGCAAAGCACCAGGAGUGGAUAGUUGUGGGCGUGUGAUUGAGGGCGUGGCCUGUAUGAAACGGGCGGGGUGCAACGGUGAAACAGAGAGUCGGGUUUCACAAAACUUGGAGCAGAACGACUCCUCCCCUGACUCCACCCACCAGAACGGCACAGACACGUCCCCCGGAGCGGACGGAGACUCCGCCCCUUCCACUCCACGGAAAAAGCGAGGGCGGCGGAAACUCGUGCACCCGGAGCGUCACGUAGAGGAGGACGACACCAGCAGCGACACCAGCAGAGGAGAGAGCGACGGGGGUCGUCUGAGGGGCCGGCAGGGCUGGGACAUUAGUCUGCGGAGACGUCCCGUACAAAGAGAGACCUUCCAGGCCGGAGACCCCUAUCACAUCAGCCGCAGAGAGAAAGAGGAGUGGCUCGCUCGCUGGAGGAAGGAGAAGGUCAGAGAGACACCAGAAGAGGAGAAGGCUCAGCUGGUGACCACCAUGAGUGACAUAAUGGACGACCAAUCAGCUGUGGGCACUCAGAAGGAGGAGGAGGAGUCAGCCAUCAAUCUACCAUCCACGCCCACACCUCAGCAGCAGCACACUGACCCCGCCUCCCCGACGGUCGCCACGACGCCUGAGCCGCCUCCCGUCGCCUGUGGCAACAAAGUGAUGGCGAGAGCCUCGGAGAUGGAUAUGGAGUAUGAGGACGGCCGUGGGUUCGGGAUCGGAGAGCUCAUCUGGGGGAAGCUGCGAGGAUUCUCCUGGUGGCCCGGCCGGAUCGUGUCGUGGUGGAUGACAGGUCGUAGUCGGGCCGCUGAAGGAACCCGCUGGGUCAUGUGGUUUGGAGAUGGCAAAUUCUCAGUGGUUUGUGUGGAAAAGCUGUUGCCCUUGAGUACAUUUUGCACGUCUUUUCAUCAGCCCACCUAUAACAAACAGCCCAUGUACAGAAAAGCCAUCUAUGAAGUUUUACAGACGGCGAGUAUGCGUGCCGGUAAACCGUUCUCUAUGUGUGUGUCUGCUGAUGACACGGAGACGGGGAAGAGUAUUGAACUGCAGACGCAGCAGAUGAUUGAAUGGGCCAGCGGUGGGUUUCUUCCUACUGGUGCCAAAGGUCUGGAGCCUCCACCAGCGGAGCGGAGCCCAUAUACUGAGGUGUAUCCAGAGAUGUGGGUGGAGCCUGAGGCAGCUGCGUACACGGCUCCGCCCCCUGCCAAGAAACCCAGGAAGAACAGUGUCGAGAAACCCAAAAUCAAAGAGAUUAUUGAUGAAGGAACCCGAGAGAGACUCGUUUAUGAAGUCAGACAAAAGUGUCGCAAUAUUGAAGAUAUUUGCAUUUCCUGUGGAAGUGUGAACGUAUCACUAGAACAUCCUCUGUUUAUUGGAGCCAUGUGCCAGAGCUGCAAGAACUGUUUCCUGGAGUGCGCGUAUCAGUACGAUGACGACGGCUAUCAGUCAUACUGCACCAUCUGCUGUGGAGGACGAGAAGUGCUCAUGUGUGGGAACAACAACUGCUGCAGGUGUUUCUGCGUGGAGUGCGUCGAUCUGCUCGUCGGGGCCGGAUGUGCACAGGCCGCUAUUCGCGAAGAUCCCUGGAACUGCUACAUGUGCUGCAGCAGGAACGUCUUUGGCCUCCUGAGGCGCAGGGAUGACUGGACCUCACGACUGCAGCUGUUCUUCGCCAACAACCACGACCAGGACUUUGAACCGCCAAAGUUGUAUUCACCAGUAUCAGCAGAGAAGAGGCAGCCAAUCAGAGUGCUGUCUUUAUUUGAUGGCAUCGCUACAGGACUGCUGGUGCUAAAGGACCUGGGCAUUCAGGUGGAGCGAUACGUGGCGUCGGAAGUGUGUGAGGACUCCAUCACGGUUGGGAUAGUGCGACACCAUGGACAGAUCACGUAUGUGGGGGACAUCAGGAGCAUCACACGCAAGCAUAUUCAGGAUUGGGGACCGUUUGAUCUCGUGAUCGGCGGAAGCCCCUGUAACGAUCUGUCCAUCGUCAACCCUGCCAGGAAAGGCCUGUUCGAGGGCACCGGGCGUCUGUUUUUUGAGUUCUACCGGCUGCUUCACGAAGCGCGACCCAAAGAAGGAGACGACCGGCCGUUCUUCUGGUUGUUUGAAAAUGUCGUUGCCAUGGGAGUCAGUGACAAGAGAGACAUCUCACGCUUUCUGGAGUGCAAUCCAGUAAUGAUCGAUGCUAAGGAGGUGUCGGCCGCACACAGAGCUCGAUACUUCUGGGGAAACUUACCUGGAAUGAACCGGCCUCUGAGUGCCAUGAUGAACGAUAGACUCGACCUGCAAGACUGUCUGGAGCAUGGACGCACAGCUAAGUUCGGAAAAGUGCGAACCAUCACGACCCGCUCAAAUUCAAUAAAACAAGGCAAAGACCAGCACUACCCCGUCUACAUGAACAAUAAAGAGGAUAUCCUGUGGUGCACAGAGAUGGAGAGAGUUUUCGGCUUCCCCGUCCAUUACACAGAUGUGUCCAACAUGAGUCGCCUCGCCAGGCAAAGGCUUCUGGGAAGGUCGUGGAGCGUGCCUGUGAUCCGCCACCUCUUCGCUCCUCUGAAGGAAUACUUUGCCUGUUACUGAAGCUCCGCCCACCACGCAGCGUGAUGGCGUCGUGACGUCCCUCCUCUUCCUUUCCCGCGUAUCCAAAACGCUCCACCUUCCUGUGUUCUUCAUGUUUGCUCGUGGCCUGUGAACGGCUGGUGCUAUCCUAAUAUUACCAUUCAUCCCACUAGACAGCCACAUGAUAUUUAUUUGAACACGUACAGUAACUGAGUUCAGAUUUAUGAGUUUCAUGUAUUUUAUUGUCCUUUGUUUUCAGUUUUUUUUUUUCGUCAUGUUCCAACUGUGACAACUCUUUCUCUCUCACAAAACUGACAGAGACAAAAUGUGUGUGUUUGCAAGUGUAUGUUUGUCUGAGCGUGAAAAUAUAGAGCACAAGGCGCUGGAUAACAGGUGUGAAACAGAAGCAGACACUCUCUGAAUAAUCAAAGCAGGCGAAUCCUCACUCCCCGACCCUAAAACCAAUGUUACGCCGCAAACUAACCAGGUAUGAUGUAGAAAAUAUGAAAACAUGUCUAGGUCAUAUUUCACCCUAAUAUCAAAAGUAUAAAACAUUUUAGCAUGAUUUUUUUUGGUUUGUUUGUUUUUUUACAUUAUUGUAAUACAAGAAUUAUAAAUAAAAUUAAAUGAAAUGAAAUAGGGCUGAUUUUUUUUUUUUUUUUUUUUUUUUUUAAUUUUUUUUUUUGUUUGUUUUGUUUUUUUUUUUAUUUUUUAAUUUUUAAAUUUUUUGGGAGGAAAUUUGACUGUUGGGCAUAUUUUCAUGAGAUCGAUUAAGCAUUGUUAUUUAUUACCCAUUAUUUCUACUAUUACAUGAAUAGAAAUCAGGUAAAUCAUAUCUAGUUAGGACAAAGUGUCGGAUUAACAUGUAAGAAAUGCAGUUUAUCACUCAUCGCUUUAUCAUGUUGUGCCUGGUUAGGAUACGUGUCUGUAACAUCAACACAAACAUCAUUUUUCAAACAAAAACACACACAUUUCCUGUGAGAGAGAAGAUGUGCUUGAAAAAUCAACAAUACACUGUUUACAGGUUGUGCUCUUAAAUAUGGUACUACUAAACUACAGCAACUGUUCACUCACAACUAACUCCACUAUGGUGCUCUCUCUCUCUCUUUCAGUCUCCGUCUCUCCUUCUCUCAGCAAUACAAACACAGCGUACAGUCCCGUAUGAUGCCUUUCUGCUGGAGCCUAUAGGGCACAUAUGAGAGAGCUGUGUUCGGUUACACACACAUACAUGCAUGCUGAGAGCUGUGUUACACAUUCAUAGACCUUAAAGAGACAGUUCACCCAAAAAUCUAAAUUCUGUCAUCAUUUACUUACCCUCACAAUUCAGCCAUUUAUGACAACCACAUUUUAAACCAAAUUCAGCAACGUGAAUGCAACAGGGUUGCCAGAUCUGUGAAACAAAAUCAGCUUAACUGCUAAUCAAAACUAGCCCAAUUGCAUUUUUUUCCAUUAUUUCCCCUUCUGUCAGGGAUUCUCUUCUGUCUAAGUAGCGUUUGCUUUAACUUGUGGAAACAGUGUAAAAGUCUAAUUCCGCUGGAAAACCAAAGACUUGGCAACACAGGUAAAAAGUUUUUGCAGUCUCUUCUGCUCACCAAGCAUGCAUUUAUUCGAUCCAAAGUAAAGCAAAAACAGUGCAAUUUUGAAAUUUACUAUUUCAAAUAACUUUUUUCUAUUUAAAUAUAUUUUAAAAUGUAAUUUAUUCCUGAGCUGAAUUUUUAGCAUCAUUACUCCAGUUACAUGAUCCUUCAGAAAUCAUCCUUGCUAAAGAAAAGUAUUAAUGUCUAUGUUCUCCUCCCUAAUAACUUUGAUAUUGAUAAUAAUAAUAAAAAUUAUUUCUUGAACAGCAAAUCAGCACAUUUGAAUGAUUUCUGAAGGAUCAUGUGACACUGAAGACUGGGGUAAUGAUGCUGAAAAUGCAGCUUUGAUCACAGGAAUAAAUUACAUUUUAAAAUAUAUUCAAAUAGAAAGCAGUUAUUUUAAAUAGUAAGAAUAUUUCAGAAUGUUACUGUUUUUGCUGUACUUUGAAUCAAAUAAAUGAAGGUUUGGUGAGCAGAAGAGUCUUUCUGUUAAAUCUUACUGUUCAAUCUUACUGUUCAAAAACUUUUGACUGGUAGUAUAACCAUUUGCAAAAAUUUUACACAGUGUGUAUGGAACAGGGUUGCCAGAUCUGUGAAGCAAAACCAGACCGAUUGCUAAUCAAAACUAGCCCAAUGGCAUUUUUUUCCAGUUUCCACCUCCGUCAGGGGUCCUCUUCUGUCUAAGUAAUGUUUACUUUAACUUGCGGCAGCAGUGUAAAAGUAGUACAUUUCUGCUGGAAAAAUGCAUACUUGGCAACACUGGUGCAGAACUGAACUGAACAACUAGUUGAUGGUGACAUAUUUAAAUCCAAAUCAGAUUUAUGGCUUUUCUGUAUGUGCGGUGCAAGAAAUCACAGUGCACGAUGUACGUUCCCUACCAAAAGCUACACUUGAUGCUGCGUAUCAAUACCGUAAUGAGAACAUUCUUUGUUUGACCGGUUGUGAAGCAUGUGUGUCAAACAUGCCAAGAAUUGGCCUAAAUAACCUCGGCAGGUGACGUCAAAUGAUUACCUGCACCUGAGGGUUAUAAAUAGACGUGAAAUGCUUUCUUUACGAAGCAUGAGCUGUUGCGCCCCCUGGUCGAGGCUCGAGAGGCAGGUCCUCCCCUUUCUCUCGUUCUCUCACCAGAUCAGGAGAUUUUCACGCCCGCUUCCAGAGCAUGCCCCAGCAUUUCUUUGGAUCUGUCAGCGAACGCUGCAACUCUUGCUUCUGUUGAAUUGAAAUUCAGAGCGCUGCCUCCGAGCGAUUAUAUAUACGAAUGAGGAGGUACUCGAGGUGAUGACUUGUGCACCAGACUAAAGCUGGAUUGGCCACAGGAACAAGAGACCCCCAGAUGCUCCGAACUAGAUGACAGGCUUCUGUCAGGUGGUCGGGGGAGGGACCUCAGCCAUGGUCUCUCCACUUCUUUGGUUACCUCCAUGAUGAGAGAACUCAUUCAUGGAGUAAGCCAUAUUUGUCCUGUGUUCUUCUUUGUCCUCAAUUCUGAAUUAUUCCAUUAUUGUGGAUUCAAGGCACAGAGUUACAUGAUGAUACCCCAGGUGGAGGAGACGCUAUUGGGCUAUCUCUCCUCUGGGGGCAUAUUGUCAGUCGAAAGUCAACGCUCCCUACCAAGCUAUGUAGAGCAACAUCUACACUUGUAGGGAGAGCGUACAAGAAGUCAUGCUGGUGCUGCCCUGCACACCACAGUGGUUUUGCAGGCGUAUCAGACUGACAUUCAUAAAGAUCUGAGCGCAGGAAGGCAAAGAGGCUUGAGGAAGCUUUUAAGUGUCUCCCCUACCGUGCUCUAGUGUCGGGGCUGUUGGCCACCCAGUCCCAACACAGUCCAGCUCCCCUGAUGCGAGAAGCCCAAAGAGACAGUGUGCGAGUCUUAUGCCCUCUUGUAAAGACUGGGGAAAUGCUCAUAGCACUCAACAUCCAAAGAGGAAGCCGGUCCUAAAAACGGUUUAUGACCGAAAGGAGGUCCUGAGGCUGUGCCCAGGACAAUGUGUAUGUCUCCUCGGGGAGGGCCAUGGUAAACUCCAAUGGGGAGUAAGAGGUCGUUCUUGGCACCCUUAGGGGAUCGCUGUACAACUUCCGCCACCACCGGUGUUACGGGGGUCAGCGAUCUCCAGUAAGAUGUUACAUGUUUGGUUGUUUCCUGCCGUGUUUCAGGACACCAGACAUUUAACAUUCCCCCCAGCAAAAUAAAGUGUCACAAUCAAUGUCCCUUUCAGAAAAUUCGGCACCAUGGAAGCUACUGCCAAAUGUCUCUCCUUGAGUCAUCAGGACUGUACAAAAGGGGCUAUAGCAUACGAUUUGCAUAUUGUCCUCUGCAUUUCAACAGCGUAGUCUCCACUACUGUGAAACCAGAACAAGCAUUUUUGUUGACACUGGAAUUGCAAGCUCUGCUGAACAAGGAGGUCGUAGAACAUCUCCCCUCCUAGACAGAGAGUCGAGCUGCUAUAGCCAAUAUUUCUGGUUCUCAGAAAUGACGAGGGUUACGUCCACUCUAGAUCUUUGCGGGCUGAACCGCUUUCUAAGAAUGUACAAGUUCAGAAUUCUGACAAUCAGUGAUUGUUUUCUUCGAUCCAAUCAGGUGAUUGGUUAUCGACAGAUGAUCUCAAGGACACAUACUUUCAUUUAGAAAUUUUGCCACAACGCAGGAAGUUCCUGAGGUUCGCUUCGGGGGUAAAGCUUACCAGUAUCAGGUUCUUCCAUUCGGCCUAGCCUAAUCACCCCGCACAUAUGCAAAAUUUUGCAUCGACGACUGGCUGAUUUGGCCCAGUCUUCGGAGCAUGCGCUUUGACAUUGGAGCAUGCGCUCGUCUUGACUCUCUGGGAUGGAGACUCAACGCCAAGGAAAGUGUUUCUCUAUUGCCCAGGGGACAAUGUAUUUAGGGGUUGUACAGGAUUCGAUCAUACUGUGGGCACAGCUGUCUCCUGCACUUGUCGAAUCCAUUCUAAACACCCUAAAGAAUUUCAGGCUAGGCCAGAAAGUUACUAUUCAAUACUUUUAGAAAGUUCUUGGUCUCAUAGUGACUGCAUCCACAUAAACCUUUGAUGUCAUGCACAUGAGACCACUGCAGUUGUGGCUUAAAGCCAGGGGAUUUAAUCUAAGGGCCUAUCCCCAGAGGCAUACAAGGGUUACACGCUAAAGGCUUCGUACCCUUUCUAUGUGGUUCAGACCCCGGUUUUUGACUUUGGGUCCCACUCUAGGCACGUGUUGUCAUCGCAAGAUGCUAACGACAGAUGCUUCCCUCACGGGCUGGGCUGCAGUCUUGUAUGACCGUCCAGCCCAAGGGAUCUGGAGAGGUCAUCUUCUCGAUUGGCACAUCAGUUGCCUCAGAAUGAUGGCUGUAUUUCGGGCCCUGAAAUACAUCCUUCAGCAGGGGCUACCAUGUCUUAGUGCGGGGCGACUACACUGUGGUAGCCACUUAAGUCACCAGGGCAGCUCCCCCGGAUCUGGAUGUAAGGACCCGUAUGUGGUCCAGCCUGCGUCGUUACGCAGUCCCCUGAUCGUUCUGCUCCCAGGAGUCCUGGCCAUGGUUGUCAACAAGGGUCUUGCUGCUUAUUUAUAGCACCUUGUUGGCCAACCAGAGUGUGGUUCUCAGAUUUAAUAUUCCUCCUUGACGGCUCACUGUGGUGAUUCCAGUCAGGUGAGUU